AUGACACUCAGUUCCCUCACGAUCUACUCUAAAUCUGGAUCAAACAGCUUCCUAUCUGGUCUAUUCAAGAAGACAUACGAAUAUCGAUCUCUCACUCUAAUGAGGGAUCCUACUACUGGAUCUUUAUGGCUUGAAACGGGUCCACCAACGGGGUACUUACUUUUAUCGCCCACGAGCAUUGGCGUAGUGGACGAAGUAACAGAUUGGGGAUCAGCCAUCAAUUCUUCAUACCUCAUAGCCCAUCCUCCUUUCAACUCCUGUUCCCAGGACAAAGGCAAGCAAUAUCACGAGAAACGCCUACGACUGGCUGAUCUUACUGAAUACUGGCUUGCCGACUGGAAAGAAUGGAGAAGGUCAUACAGAUCUGAUUCAUCCACUUCAACGCCUCCGGAGGAAGUUUCAAAGAAGAUAUUGAAUAGGUUUAGCGAUUGUGCCGUGAUGAAUGCAGAUAAGGAGACAUUAGAGGUGGUCAGACCGUUUUUGCGCAAAGGAUUAACUAGGGAAGAGCGAGGGCUCGAUGAUUGGUUGGAUGUGAAGGGAUUUGUACGGUAA